UAAAUAAAGAAAUGAAAGGAACUGGAGGGGGUCCAUCUCAAUGCGUGCCUCUUUCGGAACUUGAAAAUAGGCUGUUUAAUCUUCUGGGAACAGUGGCAGUUGAAGGAGAUAAUGUGGCCGAAAUGGGCUUUGGACAAGUAACAGUGAAUCAAUUUCUAGAACCCAGCGUAGAUGUUGUGACAUCUGAAGCUGCAGGUCGUUCUGAACUGACAUCCUCAAGUCGUGGUCUGAAAAGACCAAUGGAACCAAAUCUUGACCAUGAUUAUACUGCUGAGACCUCUGGUGGAUCUUCACGUUCAUCAAGUGCUGUCAAAAGACAAGUACCAAAUCUAAACCAUCUCGGAGGAUUAGACUACUCCGGGAAGGGAGUGUUUGCAACAGGCUUAUUGACUUGUCUGAGGAGACUUUAAAUACCUUAAAAUGUAUUGAGGUAAAUACUCGAGCUAUUGCAGAAAGUUUUAAAGCCAAGCAAUAAAUUAUAAUC